UAUGGUUCAGUGUCCACAUCUAAUUGUUGUUAUUAUUGAAAUAGUUGAUGUAUAACGGAUAGUUAAUGUACGUUAUAUAGAACAAUCUGUAAACCUAGGUAUAUACAUUCAGAAAUUCAUGUCGUUUAGGAGUGUUGGCAUAAUUUUCUCUCAGGAAAAUUAAUUUUGUAUUACGACCUCUUUUCAGAUGGCUUUAUUGUUGCAAUGAAACGUGUUAUUAUCUGAUGUAAAGACUUCAUUUACAGUGAAAGUUCAAUAUGGACGUAUUUAAAGACUAUGACCACAUCUCUCUGACAACAGUUGUACUGAUGUUGAGUUUUUCUACAUUUACAGCUGCAGUGUGCACCCUACCAACAGAACUGCAAAAUUCAGUUUGGAAUUAUCAGUAUACAGACGUUGCGAGCAAUACGCAGAAAACAACGACUCUUACGUUUGGAAGAACAACCCUACCGGAGCCGUCAAACAUCAUUUUGAAUGCAUUUGGAACAACUUUAGACAAAUGGACGUGCAUUUCUAACUUAACAAUGUCUAGUUCUGUUUCUGUUGCAGUGUUUAAGAGUGAUAUGAGCUACAGUACAUUCAGUGGAAGAAGAAGAUGGGUAUACCUCUGCAUGAAACUAACCAAAGUUACAGAUAAUUUAUUCUAUUUUUAUUUAUUAUCAGAUGAAGACAAAUCCUUAUUUCCUACUGAAAGAAUUUAUCACCCCGCAGCGAGCAGUAUACCAGAUAAUAAUGAUCCAGUGUGUAGUACAUUCUGUCAGUACACAACUCAACCAAAGAUACGCACACUUAAAAAAUCAGGUAGCAGUGCCACUUUACCUGGCGACGUUUCCUUAUGUGAACCCUGUGGCAGUGCUUGUGAUGAAGCAACUGCAGAAAUGACAUCAACAGAGACAAUACAGAAAACAACAAUACCGCGCACUUCUACUGAAAUGGACACUACGACAGAAGGAAUAUCAACAGAGACAACACUGAAAACAACGACACAAUCCUCUUCUACUGAAAUGGAGACAACACUUAAAACAACGCUACAACCCACUUCUACUGAAAUGGACACUACGACAGAAGGAAUAUCAACAGAGACAACACUGAAAACAACGACACAAUCCACUUCUACUGAAAUGGACACUACGAUAGAAAAUACAUCAACGGAGACAACACUUAAAACAACACUACCACCCACUUCUACUGAAAUGGGCACUACGACAGAAAUUAUAACAACUGAGACAACACAGAAAACAACGCUACCGUCCACUUCUACUGAAAUGGACAAAACGACAGAAAUUAUAUCAACUGAGACAACACAGAAAAAAAGGCUUCCGUCCACUUCAACUGAGAUUGACACUACAACAGAGACACCACAGAAUACAACACUACCAGCCACCUCUACUAAUUUAGGAACAACAAUACAACAUACAACAAUUCAUAUCAUGCUUGAUGAUACAGAAACCAAUAUCAAUAUGAAAGUAGUAACUACAGAUACUAAAGACAAAACAACGAUUGAAACUCAAUCUACAGAUACUGAAAAUCUGAAGAUUUAUAGUGGACCUAUUAUAAUAGCAGUUAUAGCAAGUGUGGGUUCUUUAAGUGUUAUUAUUACUUUCGUUUUCCUCAAAGGACAUUCGAUGGUUAAUACAGAUGAGAUGACACACGAGAAAGGAGAUGAAGCAUAUGACAUUACUCCAGAAUUUUUUUUUUUAUAUAACGGCCCAAAAUGUGGAUUUCAGAAAAUUGCAAUUCAGCAUUGGGAUUGUCAUUACGAUAACUCUUAAAUAAGCAAGCUUUGUAAUAAUUCGUAAAGAAUAUGAAAAUGGCCAUGUUUUGAUGUAAAUGACUUGUAUAUGUUGCUUGAAUUUUCAAAAUAGUCGCUGACAUUGAAAACAACAAUAUUUUUCUAGUGUAGAUAGAACAUGCGAUUCCGUAUGGAUUGACAGAGUAAAGAAUAAUUGGCAAAAAGAAAAAAAAGAAUUAAGAAAAAUAGGCAAACGAGAAUAUGGGUAUACAAGACGCUUGGAUAUAAAGAAAUGAAAAUAGGGAAAAGCCUUCAAGAAUUGCAGAAUAACGAUUUACAGUCAAGAGCAUGACACCCUGAAGAGAAACUGACGAUUUGUUGGCUCAAAGUCGAAUUAAUGUCUUUGAACAUGUUACAGAUUGGAAUGAUCAAUCUUAGAACUGUUGCCUUGUUGAUUGCAUAUAGAAAAUCAACACGUCUAUCGAUUUCAUUCAUUUUUAACAUGUUAUAGGUUCUUCUUUUUCAGUUAGUAAUAAUUGGCUGGGGAGCCGCAUCGAUACAAUCGAAUAUAAGAAAUUAGAGAAAUAAUCCACUUUACACCAGUCAGAGUGUUGGUUACUUGAUGUGCAAGCUCUUCAAAAGUACAUUUUUGGAGUGUCAUAAUGGUUAGAUUAUUCAGGUUUGUUUUAUGCGAGGAAGAAUCCGAAUACUUCCAGAAAAUUUAUAGAAUAAAUAUCAAUAAGUUGAAAA